AUGAGCCCGGCCCUGCUGCCAGCCCUCCUGGGCCUCGCCCUGGUGCUGCCCGGAGCACAGGCCCUGACCUGUCACUCAGGAUCAGCGAUGGCUGUGAGGAAUGCAACGGAACUGCCCUUGACGUGGACCGUUGGCGAGGAGGACUGCAGGGAGGGCUGGGGCUGCCAGGACACGGUGAUGCUCCUAGAGAAUGGACCCCUGGUGCUCCUAGUGAUCACCAAGGGCUGUACCCAGGAGGAGGACCAAGAGGCCCGUGUCACCCAGCACCGGGAAGGCCCUGGCCUGUCCAUUGUCUCCUACACCCGUGUGUGUCGCCGUGAGGACCUCUGCAAUGACCUCUCCAGCACCCGCCCUCUCUGGAACCCACCUCCUCCUACAUUCCCAGGGACCGUGCGGUGCCCAGUCUGCUUGUCUACGGAAGGUUGUGAAACUGCGCCAGAGGUGACCUGCCCCGUCGGGCACACACAUUGUUACAACGGGAUCCUGCAGCUCAGGGGAGGGGGCAUCGAUGCCAAACUGAGAGUCCAAGGAUGCAUGUCCCAAGCAGCCUGCAACCUGCUCAAUGAGACUCGGGGUAUCGGGCCUUUGUCUGUGAGUGAAAAAUGUACUACUAACGCUUUCAGGACCUGCCAAAAGGGAAUCAUGCUUCGGUUCAAAGAAAACCUGGCUAAGGAACCCGUGGAAUGGGAUGCAUUUACAACUGUGAAAUGUGAUUUGGACGAGGUGUGUCAGGAGACACUUCUGCUCAUAGAUGUAGGACCCAGAUCACUCAUUGUGGGGAGCAAAGGCUGCGGCAAGGCUGAGACACCGGAUUCCCAGACUGUGUCCAUCCACUCGGGGCCCCCCGGAGUGCUCGCUGCCUCUUAUACCCAUUUCUGCUCCUCCAAUGGGUGCAACAAUGCCAGCAGUACCAGUGUCCUGCUGAACUCCCUCCCUCAUCCAGCUGCCCCUGCCCAAGGAGACCUGCAGUGUCCCGCCUGCGUGCAGUUAGGUGGACUCUGUACAGGCUACAAAAAUGUCAUGUGCCCCAAGGGCACCACUCACUGUUAUAAAGGUGACAUCAGUCUCAACGGAGGUGGGCUGUCCUCCCCACUUAGCAUUCAGGGCUGCAUGGCCCAACCUUCCAACUCCUUGUUCAGGCGCACCAAUAGGAUUGGGCCGUUCAUUGUAGCCGAGUUGCCUAAGGAUGGAAAUAAGGUUCUCCAAAGUGGGGCUGCUCCUGCCCCCUACCUGGCUCAGGUGGUGGGGCUGGGGCUGUCGCUGGCCCUUUGGUGUGCGGUGACCUCCCUGCUCAUACUAUUUCCCUGUGAUUCUUAG